AUGAACCCCGCAACCCCCCACCCGGUCCUUACCGUGUGGCGCAUGCUGUGGCGAAUUAUCACCGCCAUAAAGGACCUCCUCAUACCGCCCGAGCUGAAUGCGUUGUACUUCAGCUUACGCACCUCACUUUCCAACACCGUUGGAUUGGAAACAAAGAAAAGCUUCACUAUGGCGUCUUUAGAGGCGCUGUUGGGUCCGAUGGCCCGACGGCUUCUCAAAGUCGCUGUGGCCAAAACCACAAAUGUGGUUCGGACCAAGCUCGUCUUCAUGACGCGGCCCCUGCAAUCCCAACUUACUCUCAGAACCGCCAGAGUUGCUCGUCAACCUAUUCACCCCGUUGCUGUGCUUCGGCAGCAGAAGCGCCAUACUAGAUGGUUCUCGAGCUCCGCAGCUCAGAAUGUCAAUCGAGUCAUUAGGAGAUUCAUUAGCUCCGAACCCAAGGCUACCCGUUUCGAUCGAUUCAAGCUCCCGACUUCGAACACAUCUCGACGUGUUGCUCAGUUCUCCGGCCGAGCUCCUUUUGCCAAUGCUCUUCGGCCGAAUCUGACCGGUGGUGCUUUUCCUCGCAGUGCUGGCGGAUACAGCCUCGGAGGUAGUGCUCGGUAUUUCUCGCAUACUCCGGCAGCUCCGGCCCAGGUUGUGCAGAACGUCUCCCAAGCCAUGAGAGCGUUUUUCCUCUCCGGCCAAAAGCUCCGUUACGAUGGUCUUGGGCCUCGAGGCGAGCGACAAUAUCGUGCUGUGUCACCAGUCGAAGACCAGGCGAUGCACAAGCUCUCCGCCUUCUGCCACUCCGCUCCCGGCUCCUUCAUCGACUUCCAGCUCAGCCCUACCGUCACAGCUCUGAGCCCUCUCGCUGCGGCUAUUCCCUUUGCCUCCGAGACCUCUGGUUUCAAGGCUGAGGCCGCUGCUGGUGGCGCUUCCCUCAACACUGAGGGUUUCCUCGAUGUUUUGUCCUCUGACUUUGGACGAGCCUUGCAAGACCUUACGGCCAUCAAUGCCGACCUCCGCAGGCUUGCAGUGUUGGGUGACCUCCCAGUCUUAUUAGAGAAGCAUAACGUUCUUCGAGUCCGCUUUCCAGGUGUUGACCCUGAGACCAUUGAGCGACUUUGCGAUGACAUUGGUAUUCAGCGUGGUGUGGUGGGCCAAGAUGCCGACUUUGACAGUACAGUCGGUGUUCCGGUUGCCCUCCGAUUCCCAUUCGCUCCCGAUGGCAUGAAGUCAGCCUUGACCCCCAGCGUAUCAGUCCGAUCACUAGAGGGCUACGAAACUGAUGAAAUCUCGACUCUAGACGAGGAGUACUUUGUUCAGCAGUCAUAUCUGGACGAAAUGAUAAAUAGUCCAUGGCUGGCUGAGACCGAGGGAUACGAGGCGAUGUCACCUCCAGACAGCUCUUCAAUAGCUGGACCAUCAGAAGACUAUGAAGGCCUCGAAGGUAUCUACCGAUUUUUGGAGGAAUGUGACCAGGCCAAGGGAAGAAUUGGCCGAGCGAAUUGA